AUGCUAAGGUACUUCAUCGUAGUAGAUGAUGUGUGGGAUGUUCAAACAUGGAAUAUUAUUAAGUGUGCUUUUUCAAAAAGUAGCUGCAGUAGUAGAAUAAUCACGACAACACGUGUAAGUGAAGUAGCCAAAGCAUGUUCUAUCUCAUAUGGGGGCGAUGUUUAUAACUUGAGGCCUCUCAGCAUAGUGGACUCUAAAUGGUUGUUUCUUCAGAGAAUAUUUGGUUCUGCAAAGGAAUGCCCACCACACCUCAAAAGAGUUUCAGAUAAGAUAUUGAAAAAAUGUGGCGGGUUACCCUUGGCAAUUAUUUCUAUAUCUGGUUUGCUGGCUACCAAUAGCGAGGAAGAUCAAUGGGAGCAAGUGCAAGAAUCUAUUGGCCAUGGACUUGGAAGCAAUCCUGGCGUUGAAGGAAUGAUGAGGAUAUUGUCCUUUAGCUACUUUGGUCUCAGUCCGUGCUUGAAGUCUUGCCUAUUAUAUCUGAGUGUGUUUCCAGAAGAUGCUGAUAUUUGGAAGGGGGAUUUAGUAAGGAGAUGGAUCUGGGAGGGAAUUAUCCCUGAAGAAAAUGGACAGACCCUAUAUGAAUUAGGAGAGAGGUGCUUUAAUGAGCUCAUUAAUAGGAGCCUGAUCCAUCCAACGCGCAGAAGCUCAGAUGGUAAGAGCAUCUCCAGUCGCGUGGCGAGCUUUCGAGUCCACGACAUGAUUCUUGAUUUUGUCAUAGCUAAAUCGAGGGAACAGAACUUUGUUACUUUGCUUGGUGUACCAGGUGUAAAUCCUGAUCCACAUAUGAAGGCCCGUCGAUUAUCUCUUCAGAAUGGUUGCAAAAUUCCAACAGGUCUAGAUUUAUCUAAAGCCAGGUCACUUGUUUGUUUUGGGGUUUCUUUCAAUAUGCCAUCUCUUUUGGAUUUGAAGAACCUGCGUGUCUUGGAAUUUUAUGAAUGUCCAGAGUUAGAAGAUCAUCAUGUUGCAGAUAUAGGCAAUUUGUGUCACUUGAAGCACCUGAGAUUUGGGAGUACAGGAAUUACAAAGUUCCCUGAACAAAUAGUAGAGCUAAAGUUCUUAGAGACUCUUGAGAUUGUUACAGAACGAGGAGAGAAGGGAUUUGUAAUUCCGUCUACUCUGUGUCAGCUUCAACGACUGACCCAUCUAGUUGUUUCUGAAGGUACUAUAUUGCCUGACGAAAUUGGAAGCAUGCAAGCACUGCAAGUGUUGGGAGGUAUCAAUGUCAUCAGUCAUUCAAUUAUAUUUUGUCAGCAACUUGGUCAGCUUACAAAUCUGAGGACCCUGGGAAUAGAAUUUCAGGAUAAUGAUGUAUGUGAUAAUAAUAAUAUUGAAGAAAAUAUAAAAGAGACAAUGUCUUCCAUCUGCAAGUUAGCCAAGACAAACCUUUAUGAUCUAUGUGUCUCAGGAGGUUACUGUAGCGACAGUUUAUUUGAUGAAUUCAAUAUAGAAGAUUUCCUUGAUGAGUCAUGCUUAUUUGCCUUACGAGGCCUCCGGACACUUGAUUUUGACUGUCAUGUUGCACCCCCAAGAAUUCCAACAUCGAUGAGCUUACUAGCGAACCUCCAGGAAUUAAGCAUCAUGAUGCUUGUGAUCAACCAGGAAGAUAUAGAGAUCCUGGGAGGCGUACCUGCUCUCCGCCGCCUCUUCCUCGAUGUAGAAAAGGCUGGACCAGAAGGAGGGCAGAUAAGAAUCAGCUCAUUAUGUGGAUUCCGUUCCUUGACUAAUUUUGGAAUUGGUUCAUACAACUGUAUUCUACGGUUCAUUUUUGAAUCUGGAUCGAUGCCAAAGCUACAAACGCUGCGCUUCAAUUUUUCUGAGACUGAUCAGCUCGAUUUUGGUAUCCAGCACCUGUCCAGCCUCACAUACAUGCAAUGUGCUUGUACAGGAGCAAAUGGUGCUAACACAAAGCAGAAAUUAAAGGAUGCCAUUGAGAGAGAAAUUGAGGUCCAUCCCAACAAUCCCACGUUGGAAUGGUAG